AUGAAUGAGAAAGCACUCAAGAAGGAGCUUGAGGCAUGUAUCGUUCAAUUGCAGGAGAUCGCAAACGUUGAAUCCGCAGAAGCAAUUUCCGGAUUUGAGGGAACCAUCGAAAGAAACUAUAAAAAGCUAGAAGAACUUAAGACAAAAUUCAUUCUUAAGAAUGGAGAUGAGGAUAGAGAUAGAGCCAUGGACGUUUUAGAUCAAUUCGACGAAAAGCUAUCAGCGCUUGAGACAGUGGUGGAAUACCACGAAAAGUUGGCGGACGAAAUUGAUGAAGUUCUUCGAGAAUUUAAAGUUAAAAAGGAAUUGGCUGAGAACCGGCUUUCGCGCGGACGCAUUGUGUGA